CCCGCUAAUUCUGGUACGGGAGCGUCGCCCAGCACACCGGCUAGCGAGCCGCCCCUGCCGCCCUCUUUCUUCAUUAGCUCCUCUCCUUCUCGCUCAGCUUGCCGGGAGCGUGAAAAGAGAGGGCCUGGGGAAGCUCCGAACCCCUUCUGCUCCUGCCCAUCGCGAGUGCAACUACCGCCAUGGGCCUCACCAUCUCCUCCCUCUUCUCCCGCCUCUUCGGCAAGAAGCAGAUGCUCAUUUUGAUGCUUGGAUUGGAUGCUGCUGGCAAGACGACCAUUCUGUAUAAACUGCAGUUAGGGGAGAUAGUCACCACAAUUCCUACCAUUGGUUUUAAUGUGGAAACAGUAGAAUAUAAGAACAUUUGUUUCACAGUAUGGGAUGUUGGUGGUCAAGAUAAAAUAAGGCCUCUCUGGGGGCAUUACUUCCAGAACACCCAGGGUCUUAUUUUUGUGGUAGAUAGCAAUGAUCGUGAAAGAAUUCAGGAAGGAGCUGAAGAGCUACAAAAAAUGCUUCAGGAAGAUGAGUUGCAAGAUGCAGUGUUGCUGCUUUUUGCAAAUAAACAUGAUUUGCCAAAUGCUAUGGCCAUCAGUGCAAUGACAGAUAAAUUAGGUCUUCAGUCUCUUCGUAACAGAACAUGGUAUUUUCAAGCCACUUGUGCUACACAAGGAACUGGCCUGUAAGAGGGACUUGACUGGCUGUCAAAUGAGCUUUU